GCCGGGGCCUCACGGAGGGCGGAGUUGCGGCCCGAGGACGCUACGCGAGCCCAGUUCCGGCGAGGAGGCCGCGCCAGUGACAGCGAUGGCGGCGGAGUCGGCGCUCCAAGUUGUGGAGAAGCUGCAGGCGCGCCUGGCUGCGAACCCGGACCCCAAGAAGCUAUUGAAAUAUUUGAAGAAACUUUCCGUCUUACCUAUUACAGUAGACAUUCUUGUGGAGACUGGGGUGGGGAAAACAGUGAACAGCUUUCGGAAACAUGAGCAAGUGGGAAACUUUGCCAGAGACCUGGUUGCCCAGUGGAAGAAGCUGGUUCCAGUGGAACGAAACAAUGAGGCUGAGGAUCAGGAGUUUGAGAAGAGCAAUUCCCGCAAGCGUCCCCGAGAUGUUCCCCAGCAGGAGGAGGAGGCGGAGGGGAACUACCAGGAAAGCUGGCAAGCCUCAGGCAGCCAGUCCUACAGCCCUGAGCACAGACAGAAAAAGCACAGAAAACUUCCUGAGCUUGAAAGGCCUCACAAAGUGGCUCACGGUCACGAGAGGAGAGAUGAAAGGAAGAGGUGUCACAAAGUGUCACCACCAUAUUCUUCAGACCCCGAGUCGUCUGACUAUGGUCAUGUUCAAUCUCCUCCACCUUCAAGUCCCCAUCAAAUGUAUACAGACCUCUCUAGGUCCCCAGAGAUGGACCAGGAGCCCAUCGUCUCACACCCGAAGCCUGGGAAAGUCCACAGUAAUACCUUUCAGGACAGACUAGGGGUUAGUCACCUGGGUGAGCACCAAGGGAAAGGGGCUGUUAGCCAAAACAAGCCACACAAAUCUUCCCACAAGGAGAAACGCCCUGUGGAUGCCAGGGGGGAUGAGAAGAGCUCUGUCAUGGGCAGAGAGAAGUCACACAAAGCCUCUUCCAAAGAGGAGAGCCGAAGGCUACUCUCAGAGGACAGUGCCAAGGAGAAGCUGCCCUCCAGUGUUGUCAAGAAAGAGAAGGACAGAGAAGGCAACAGCCUCAAGAAGAAGUUGUCACCUGCCUUAGAUGUUGCUUCAGACAACCACUUUAAAAAGCCCAAACACAAGGACUCCGAGAAAAUCAAGUCUGACAAAAACAAGCAGAGUGUAGAUAGCGUGGACUCAGGACGAGGGACAGGAGACCCAUUACCCAGAGCCAAGGAUAAAGUUCCCAACAACCUGAAGGCUCAGGAGGGGAAAGUAAGAACUAACUCGGAUCGAAAGUCACCAGGCUCACUCCCUAAAGUAGAAGAGACGGACAUGGAUGAUGAGUUUGAGCAGCCCACCAUGUCGUUUGAGUCAUACCUCAGCUAUGACCAGCCCCGCAAGAAAAAGAAGAAGGUUGUGAAAACUUCCGGUACAGCACUUGGAGAAAAAGGACUUAAAAAGAAGGACUCUAAAAGCACUAGUAAAAACUUGAACUCGGCUCAGAAAUUACCCAAGGCGAAUGAAAACAAGUCAGACAAGUUGCAGCCAGCUGGAGCCGAACCCACGAGGCCUAGAAAGGUCCCUACUGAUGUGCUGCCAGCAUUGCCAGACAUCCCCUUGCCCGCCAUACAAACCAACUAUCGUCCCCUUCCCUCCCUCGAGUUGAUCUCCUCCUUUCAGCCAAAGCGAAAAGCUUUCUCUUCACCCCAGGAAGAAGAAGAAGCUGGGUUCACAGGACGCAGAAUGAAUUCUAAGAUGCAGGUGUAUUCAGGUUCCAAGUGUGCCUAUCUCCCCAAAAUGAUGACCUUGCACCAGCAGUGUAUCCGGGUGCUUAAGAAUAAUAUUGACUCCAUCUUUGAAGUGGGAGGAGUCCCCUAUUCUGUUCUUGAACCUGUCUUGGAGAGGUGCACACCCGAUCAGCUCUACCGAAUAGAGGAAUGCAAUCAUGUAUUAAUUGAGGAAACAGAUCAGUUGUGGAAAGUUCACUGUCACCGAGACUUUAAGGAAGAAAGACCAGAGGAGUAUGAGUCUUGGAGGGAGAUGUACCUGAGGCUUCAGGACGCCCGAGAGCAGCGGCUGCGCCUGCUCACAAACAACAUCCGGUCUGCACACGCCAAUAAGCCAAAAGGACGACAAGCAAAGAUGGCCUUUGUGAACUCUGUGGCCAAGCCACCGAGAGAUGUUCGACGGAGGCAGGAGAAGUUUGGAACCGGGGGAGCAGCUGUCCCUGAGAAAGUCAGGAUUAAGCCAGCACCAUAUACAACAGGAAGCAGCCAUGUUCCUGCCAGCAACAGCAGCAGCAGCUUCCACUCAAGUCCUGAGGAGCUGGCCUACGAAGGGCCCAGUACCAGCAGUGCCCACUUAGCUCCUGUGGCCAGCAGCUCUGUUUCCUAUGAUCCCAGGAAACCAGCUGUGAAGAAAAUUGCCCCGAUGAUGGCCAAGACCAUUAAAGCAUUCAAGAACAGAUUUUCCCGACGAUAAACAGGACUUGCCUUGGAGGUUGAGUCUGGAAGCAGGACUACAGGGACUAUGGGGACGGGAGAAGAGGAUGUCCACAGAAGACCCGUAUCUUUUGCUCUGUGGAACUUUUGGCCUCUGACUCCUGCACAGUUCCAGGUGUCCCCCUCUGUGCCUCAGCCCUGCACCCUGCUUGUAGCACACUUCAGAUUUCUGAAGACAGUAUGAGCCUCAGUCUUACUGAGGACUUUAAGAUCAGUUAUACUUUUGUUGCUAAUUAGCAUCUUUGUAAACUAUAAGACAUAGUUUUAAUGAAUAAAUAUUGCCCCCAGAUGUAUUUAUAAUACCCCCAGGGGUUUUUAUUUUAUUUUAUUUUCUCUUUGGUCCACUAUAUUUAGCCCUUUACUUUCCAGGUCCUUUAUUAAAGUUAGAUGAGCCUAGCGAAAGCCAUUCUUGUCCUAGUCAGCUCUUCUGAGUAGACACUGGUCCUUCAGAGCCAGUGUGUCGCUCCAAACCCAGAUGCAGGGCCAGGAGUGAGUGAGUGCCAGAAUGCCUGUCCUCCAGGGGAGCCUCCCUGCUGAAACCCCCACUGUUCCUUGGCGGGCACUUUUCUUCAGUAGAUUUGUUAAGGAAGGCCGUUUGCAUCAUCUUCAAAGCAUACUACUCUCCCCCAUUUUCCAGCUCACUGGAGGACAGAGCCUAAGAGAUGAACUGAUGUAGGACCUCAGCAGUUUUAUAAUUUUAGUUUCUGGUUCAGUAUUUUACACACAGACAGAUACACAGACACACAGACCCUUCCUUAUUUUGUCUCUCCCUGCACUGUGGGGAAACACACAUGACAGGGCUUUUGUAGCUCUGAUGUGGUUGGGGGGUUUGAAAAGCCAGCACUUUAUUUCCUUGUUCUCUAUGAAUUCCUACCAGGAGUGAGUGGUUUAGAGCAUUGCAGUGCUGUGAAGCUUGCUCGUGUUGGACAGGAAAGGUGCUGACGUGGCCGGAGGAGCAGCAGUGCACUGCAGCCAGCAGAGAACUCUGUGAAGCCUCCGCCUUCUGAGUGUUGGCCAGAGUUAGGGAUGGGCCACCUGCCGAAGGGUAGAUGGUCGCCCUGGUCCCAGCCAGUCAGUUUCUAGAUGACAUGCGGGCAAGGUCAGAGCUAGGAGGACAGUGCCAGCUCCUUCCUUGCUGUCAGAAAACAGAGCAGGACUCACUUGGUUAUGAACCGGGUGAAAUACACUAUGAACUUGAGGGGCCAGCCUGCUAAACUGGGCCAGUGCACCUACCCUCGAGACCUCAGGCUAACGAAGCCUCCAAGGCAGCACACGAACCUGCACAACUAAAGCUAACGCCCUGCCCCGCCCCACCCCUCCCAACCCCCACAGCCUUACUGUGCUUUGCUAUGCUGGGUCCCAGUUGCCUUGGGACACAGGUACUGCUAAGUAAAACAAAUUUCUCUUGGUUGCUUGUUUCACCAUACCAGCUUUCUCAGCCUGACCUCAAAGUCUAACAUCAGGUCUCUUAGCUGAACUCAAAGGGACAUCUGUACUAGGAGCCAGGCCCCGCUGUCUAGAACAGCCCCUCUCUAGGUGUUGACCACCUCAGAUUUAUGCCUUAGCUGUGUUUCCCAGAUUUCCCUUUGCCGAUUCUCCUGUUGUGGAUUUGGUUGUGGAUGAUUUAAUUCCCCUUAGGAGUUUGUAGGCCUAGGGGAAGAAAGGACACACAUUUACCCAGUGUCAGCAUCCGGUUUGGCACAAAGAUUUCUGAGGCACCCAGUUUACUUAGAGCCAGAUUUUCUACCCUUUCAAGAGUGUCUGCGUCAGGGAUAUGACUGGUGAAAACAGUGAGGGGCCCAGGAGGCAGCUGUCCCCACAGCCCCUCACCCCAUGCACAAUGGCCACAAAGCAGACACAGUCAUGUUCAAAUAUUGGUCACAUUUGUGAAGACUCGUGCAAUUUUUUCUGUGCUACACUACAUACAGAUCACACGUGAUGGACUAGCCCUUUGCGGUCCUUGGUGUCACAGGGCUCUCGGGGGCUUGCUUUCUCUGCUUUGAGGCAGGAGGGCAGGAGUGAGCGCCAUCCCGCUCUGCGUUUGUAUUUUGGUCCCAAAAUGUAAAUACAAUUUUCUAUGUUACUUUUUUGUGGUAACUACAAGAUGAAUAUUUUAAUUAGAUAAGUUAUACAAAAACAAAAAUCCCAUGUCUAAAUAAAAAGCAAAAAACUUCUA